CGCGGUUGGUCAGUGCUGUCAGAAGAGCUGCAUGAGACCCUUCACUGCUCGGAUCAUGAAAACACGGGGAUGUUCGGAGGAAAAGACAGUUUGACAUCUCACUCAAAGAAAAGGAUGUGAUGCGCUUUGCUUGAAAUAACUCUGACAGUGCAACAAGAUGAAAUGAUUACUCUACUACUUCAGAGACAUACCAUGGAAUUUAUUUGAUUGCAAAGUAAACAUGUGGAAGACUCUAACCCUGACAUGGAUAGUUGCACUGGCGCUGGGUACAGAGGUGUCUCGGUCAGAGGAUGUGGGGACGACGGGGGCUGUCGGGAUAACGUUGGAGGAGCAGAAUAUCAGCAACGUAUCAAAAGCGCCGGGAAUGUCCCGACAACAGAUCCUCGCUGCUCAGUUUGAGUGUUACCUGAAGAUAAUCCGUGAUCCCCCUCGCACAGAUAACGGUACGUUCUGUAACCGCACGUGGGACGGCUGGCUGUGCUGGGGGGAUACAACUCCAGGGACGGUCAUGCAGAUGUGUCCAGAAUACUUUCUCGACUUUGACCCUGCAGAGAAAGUAACCAAAGUGUGUAAUUCUAAUGGCCAGUGGUUUCACCACCGGGAGAGCAAGAGAGUCUGGACUAACUACACCCAGUGCUCCGCCCACACCAAAGACAAACUCAAGUUUGCCUACAGUCUGUACUACCUGGCCAUGGUGGGUCACUGCCUCUCUAUCAUCUCCCUCAUCAUCUGUCUCAUCAUCUUCUCCUACUUCAAGAGUCUCAGUUGCCAGAGGAUCUCGCUCCACAAAAACAUGUUCCUCUCCUUCAUCUUGAACUCCAUCGUCACCAUAAUCUGGCUCUCGCUCACUGUGGCCAACACCCAGGCCCUACAUGCCAGCAACCCCGUGAGCUGUAAAGUCCUGGCUGUGCUGACUCAGUACUUGUCCACUUCAAACUACUUCUGGAUGCUGUGUGAGGGCAUCUACCUCCACACACUCAUCAUAGUGGCCGUGUUUGUCGGGGAGCAGCAGCUCUUCUGGUACUACGUCCUGGGAUGGGGUUUUCCCAUCGUUCCUGCCGCAACAUAUGCUGUGGCACGUGGAGUCCACUUUAAUGACCAGUGCUUUAUCAGCUCUAACACACAACUGGUCUAUAUCAUUCAUGGGCCCAUUCAGGCUGCACUGCUUGUGAACUUUUUCUUCCUCCUGAACAUCGUGCGGGUCCUGAUCAUGAAGCUGAGGGAGACUCACUGCGCCGAGUCCACGGUCUACAUGAAGGCCGUGAGAGCCACCCUCGUCCUCAUCCCUCUGCUGGGAGUCCAGUACAUCCUCUUACCCUGGAGGCCCGAGGGACGCAUCAGCCGGGCCAUCUAUGAGUUCUUUGUGAAUAUCUUCUGCCACUUUCAGGGACUCCUGGUGGCUAUUAUAUUCUGUUUCUGCAACGCUGAGGCGCAGACAGCUCUGAGGAGGAAGUGGGCUCAGUGGAAGUCUGCCUGGGGUAAAACCGGCUGGGGAGACACGCCCAUCACCAACAACCACUACAGCUACCACCACAACUCCUCCAUCACAGAAACCAGCCGGGUCACCAUCAGCCUGGAGAAACCUGCCGCCUCGCCCUCUGCGGGACACGUAAACAGCGACGCCGUGUCCGAGGAGCAGCAAAAGAGCAACAGGGAAGUGGACAUGCUCAACAAGCUGGAGACCACCGACAUCUGAGUGAGGUGAAGACUGUUGUUCAAGAAACACACAAACACUCGUUCACUUACAUGUUGAUGCAGAAAGACGGAGAGGACGGAGAAAUGGAAAGGUUGUCUGUCAAAAAAAAGGUGAAGCACACAGGGCGGUGUUGUACAGUAUGUACAGAAUAUUUGAAAAGCACUUAAAAGUCAUGUGAUGUUCACACAUACACACAAUGAAGAGAAAGCAGUCGUGUGUUUUUGUACAUGCAUUUUGUAACGAGGGUGAAGUAAUCCUUCUUCCUUUCUUUCUUUCUUUCUUUCUUUCUUUUUGUUUGGCUUGAAGAAUGUAUUUGAUGUUAGAAUUGAGACAGGAGCAAAGUUCCUAACCUGCUGUUUUAAAUAUCAAAGAUUGAAGAGCACAGUGUUCAAAUUUUUACAGUUUCACAGUUUUAUAAUGAGUCAUUUGAGGUGUAGAAUGAAUUUAAAAAAAAGGCAUGGUAGGGAGACGGUGAGCACCCUCUCUGUUAGAGAAAGUAACGUAAGUUAAAGCAGGAGAGAUAACACAUUAAACAUCUAGCUUGUGAGGGAGUCACAACUAAAGGCUUAGCUGAAGGCUAACCAUGGCCUGUUGACACUGUUAAUUAGACUAAACCACUAAAUUACUUGAAAAGUAAAAAAAGCUGACACAGAAGAACAGAUGAAUAGUAGUGCAUUUACCCCCGGCAUUUCUUGAGUUGUAAAUACUACAGGCUCAAUGAAAACAAAUGUUCUGGGUGCUAAACAAGGCCUUUUAACAUUUCUGUCAGUUUAAGUGUGUCCGCCAAAUUAAAAGCUUUAAAGGUCACAUAUUAUCCUCCUUUUCAGUUUCAAGAAGUCUCAGAGCUCCCCGAAACGUCUGUAAACGUUUUUGUUCUAAAUCCACUCUGGUCCUGUAUUUGAUCAUGUCUAUAAACCCCUCUAUUUCAGCCCUGCUCAGAACAGGCUGUUUCUGUAGCUUUGAAUAUGUAAAUGAGCUGUGUCUGACCACGCCCCCUCUCUGGAAGGACUUGGGUGGCUCGGGCUUUCUCACUCGAUGUCCUAUUGUUUACGGUGAGAAGGCAGACUCAGAGGGAACAUCGGUAUUUCUUUAGUUUGUGUUUUGGUCGGUAAAAUAAUAAAUAAAAGGAGAUUAUGAAGUUUGGACACUAAUCCCAAUACUAACUCUGUAAAUAAGUGUGUUAAAGACUCUGGUCACUGUGUAGGCCAUGUUUGCACCAAUCUUAAGUUUACUCUAUUAAAAAGACCUCAUUACAAAAAUUGAAUGUAAAAUGUAAAAAAAAGGGCUUUUGACUUUCUUUAUUUACAUAGUUAUUUCCAUGUAAUUAAGUAGGAAAUGAAACGGCAGCAACAUGUAUGUUACACUCUCUAUAGUAUAACACCCUGGCUACCACAUACUGCAUUUAUGUGAUUUGUAUUCAUGCUUCCUGGAAUUGAAUUAUGUGCUGAACAUUGUGCAUUACAACUCUACUCAUUCAAACUGUGAAGAGAGCUUUGAGUACAAGAGAAUUACUGGUGCAGAGAUAAUGGAGCCGUGGAGUGCUGCAAUCUCAGUCUUUCUCGUCAUUCAGUCCAUUAAAGACAAAAGGCCGGGAGAUUUUUUUGCAAGAACAAAAAAAAAAAUGCACACUGAACAGACUGAGAAAGAAACAGGUGAAAUAGUGUUUGUGUUGAGUGUGUGCACGUGUGCUUUUAGAGAAAAGAAUCAGUUACAUAGCUUUAAACACUGAAACUUUAAAAUCAAAACAGAAACAAAACAGAGCUACACAUUUGGUUUUAUACAUUUUGAUAUAUUGUUGUGGUGAAUGUAUUUUAUGCAGACAGAACAUUUAAAUUUAGUGAAAAAGUGAAGACUGUUUUCAUCAUAGUGUUCCGACUGCUUUUUUCACAUGAUGCAUUUUUAUUGUUUUGGCUGUUAAAAUGUGUUUUCAAUGGUAUGUACUGUUAUUUUUUGUAUGCUUUUUUUAGAUGAACUGAAAUGUGCCACCACUUCAUACAUUAUUUAAUAUGUUUUUCCGAUGCAAAUGUACCAUGCUGCAUGCACACCUGCAAGCAACGCCAAAAGAAUCCCCUGUUCUUCUGAAAAGUGAUGUAGCUGCAUGUAUAUGAUGUUUGUUUUUACAUUUGUUCUGGAAAUACAGAUGUUGUAAUGUGAAUACUGCAAGGCCCGCCCUCGAAAAGAGAAUAAAAAAAGAUGAAUAGGAGGGGAAAGGUUAUAUUAAAGAGCGCUUUACAAGUAUCCCAACCUGCACACUAAAACAGCUUUCAUGGAUAUUUAUGAAUAAAUUUGAGAAACAUUCCAAUAAAACAUCAAAAUACAUUUUUAGUCAAGCCGAAAUUCACUGUAAAUAAAUGUCAGCACUGCCAUUUAUGUGUGGAAAUAAAGUUGUUUGAACAUUCA